AUGGAGAUGGACGCUGCGUACGCAAGCCUGUUCGGAACGGAGGGAAGGGCCGCCGUACUCGGAUGCGAUGAACUCGGGCUUGUGCCGCGGGAUUUGCUUCACCGUCCCAAGAAGUCGUUUAAGCAGGUGGGCGACGAUAAAUGUACGGUGCUUGUUCGGUACACGCUGACGGAGCGUGCGCGGCAGAACAACAUACGCAAGGUGUUGGCGAUUAAAAAUUGUCUCAUUGCCGAGGGUAACGUGCAGCAGAAGUGGAGGGAACGUUGCAAGCUCUUUCCUGAUGCUCCUGGGGUGCCAAAGAUACCAAAAGCUGUGAUAAAGAAGGCUCUGGCAGAACUGGACACUGAAACGGAAGGUGAUGACAACAUCGAUGAGUUGGGCCUUGUCAAACCACUUUCACAGUACGGCAGUGCGCAGGAGGCUGCUACGCCGCAACUAUCAACCCCCAUUGCUAACGGCAGCGAUGGAAAGACAAAUACCUCUUCGCUGGUGUUGGAAACUGUCCAGUUGACACCCAGGAGGGCGCCAGGAACGGACACUCCUGCGCAGUCUAACUCAUUCGCCUCCGCCCCAAAGAGAGGCGGUAGCGCACACAGGUUGUGCUCGCCUAUUUUUAGGAAGUUUCGGGCCAAACACUCGACUAAGAUGGGCAGCAGGGAUAACGUAUCCCCCUGUGGUAAGAGUAGCAGAAGCGUUAGUCGUAAGAGUAGCAGAGGUCCUCUGCUGCGGCAUCCAAGACCCCCACCGGAUCCACCUUUUUUGCCGCCUGUACCAUACUCGCAUCGUGACACCGCGACACUGCAAGUAGAGUUGGAGGAACUGGACGAGUAUCGUCGUUUUCUGCUGCGGUACGCGCACGACAGCUUUUCCAUGGCGAAGGAGUACAAUGAGUUUACCACUUCCUUGCGGAAAGCCAGUGAAACGAAAAAGGUCACGCAAGGCGCAGCAGUUGGCUCUGCAGAGUUCUCAUCAGGUAAGGGUACAAAUGGUGCAAAUGCAGUCGGGCGUGGAGAGGCUGAGGGGCUUGCUAAGUCGACACCUGCAACAGGCGCCGCGACAGCCCACAAUCGGCAACUUGCUGCGUAUGUGCGCCUGGCGAAGUUAGAGGUCCAACGAAACAAGUCAAACUACAAGAAAUGGAACGGGUUUAUGGAGGAAAUGGAAGGUGUGCAGCCGGUAGGCACAAUUGCGGCAGAGUUGCGUGCUCGGUCAAACGUGGGUGUGUUUCCAGCAUUUGAAAAUUACGUGCAAUUGGUGAAGGAGAGGGCACAACGGCGAGAGAAGGCGCUGUCGCAGUAUACGAAGCAACAACAGAAACUCAAGGGCUCCAUUGAGUCCAAGGAUCGUCACACUACGGAGAAUAUAGUACAGAUAAAGAAGGCACGCAAAAACAUAUUUAUGGAGGCACAGCAGGUUCAAGGCGAGAUCAAGAGGCGAAACAGAGAGCACGAAACUCGACGGCGCAGAAUGAGGGAGCACCGGGUGCAGGUGGGGUUGUCAAAGAAGGAAAUGCUGGCCACCGAUAGUCACAUGAAACGGCUUCUUCGUGCAAAAGAGAAACGCUUUGAGCACGACGCAGAGGAAAUUUUUAGGCGGACGCUGAAGGGUAAAAUUCAUGAAAUGGACCAGGCGAAGAGGUGGGACAUGAAGUUGGUCCGUAUUCAAUAA